ACCAAAUUAAAAAAUGGCGGCGUUCACAAAAUUGCUGCACUGAGUUAUUGAAUGGACUAACUUGACUGAUUUGUAAUGGCUGUGUGUACUCUCACAUUGCCUGAUCUAAAUAACCGUUGUGACUGUCAAACUGACACCAUCUAAACAUAUUCAUCAUGUCAACAGACUUUCAAAUGCCCGACACUCGUGCCGUGAGAGUUGUUCCAAAUGGAAAAAUUUACAGGCAGAUGUUUGAUGCACAGGUUCAGCUACAUAGAAGUUUGACUGGCUUUUACCAAAAGCAGAAGAAACAUGUGCCAAGGGAAGAAACUUCAUCAUCACUUAUAGGUGCACCACUAGUACAUCUGAAAUCUGAUGACGUAAGUCAUGGUCUGUUGAGUGAAAGACAGAAAACAUGGGCUGAAGCCUUUCCUAAUGACCCACUUGUGGAAAACCCAGUAUUAAUCAAGAGACAUGAAGACUUUUGGAGGGCCCAGCUGAAGGAAGGAGAUUUCAGUAUUGCUAGCAAAGAAGUUCAGGGCCUUCCUGAUGUUGUUGUGCCAGCUAAAACAGGUUCAGACAUUAUUGAAAGAAUUUAUACAGUCCGAAAAGAAAGACAUGAAGCCACAGUUGAAGAUAUGCACCAGGAACUCAAUGUUAUCAGCAGUGAACUUGAACCUAAAAUUAUUGAAGUCAGUGACAAUGUCCUGCUAUGCUUGGAGGAGGAUAACAAAGAAAUUGAUAAAAUCCUAGCAUCAAUUGAGCAAGAUGAAGAUCUGUUAAAACUGUCCCAAGAAGGAAUGUCCAAGCUGUGGGCGGAAGUUAAAGCUCAUUCGCCAGUUCGUCUUGGUUGGAUCACGGACCUGGACACAUUACUCAGAGGAAUUGAAAACAAGAGGAUGGAAAUGAUUCAGAAUGUUUUUUAUACGUACUCUCAGAAGUUUGAUAAGAUUGCUUUUCUUAUGCCUCCUGACCUGCAAAGAUUCUUGGACAAAGAGGCCCAGCAAAUAAACCAAACUAUGCUGAGUAACCAGAGAGCGUAUGCUGAUCUGUACGUGAGACUGAUGUCUGCUGACGUUGAGAGAGAGAAGAGCCAACACAUGGUAUGGAGGAAACGGCUUGAAGACUGGAAACAUGGGAAAUCGGACAUGUUUGUCGUAAAAUUCAGGGAAUUCAUGAAAAGUGAUGAUGUAGAAAAUCCACCAGGAGUUCAACAAGUUCUUCAGUUUAUGAAUGCCGAACAGCAGAUGCUCAACUCAAAACGAGUUGACCUGGUCGAGUCACUGAGGGAGAUUAAGCCUCCACUUUCCACUAAGACUGCUAUAUAUAAAUGGAACCAACAGAUGCUGGAAGUUACAUCAGAGCUAGAUGCUGUGAACCAGAUGCACAUGAGCAAGUUACAUGAAGAGUAUGAGAACGUUUGUAAAGACUGUCUAGAUCAUCUCGAAAGCAUAAAGGAAGAACUGAUAUCGGCAGGACUCUGUGACGAGAAGAAAGCUCAAGAGCUUGUUAACACUGAAAUGCUGCCAUUGGUUGGAGAAAGACAGGCUCUGUUCGAGAAGAGUCUGGAAGACAUGGAAAAAAAUGUUGAGCUUCAUCAUUCCUUGAUAACUGAAAAGAUCGCGGCAAUGUUUAAGUUUGCCCAGGGAGCAGCACACGUGUGGGACGUUCAUGAAAUUGGCUUGGCCAAACAGGAGCGCAUACUCCAAGAAAAGCUGGAACAUUCUCGUCACGAGCAUGACAACUUUAACCAGGAACGUGAAGCAAACCUGGACAUUGUAAUGGAUCGAAUGCGACAAGAUGCAAAUGAGGUGGAUUUGAAGGAAAAUCUAAAAAUAGCUCUUGACAUGCUAGACAAAAUCAGAAUGAGCUAUGAAGUGUUCCACAAGAAGCAGACUGAGAUUGUCAAGAGUUACCCGGUGAUGGCGCGGUUCGAGCUUGAGGAUUACGAACACACCGUCUGCAAGUUCUUCAAGGUUGACAGACACAAGCUCCCAGAGAAAACUACGGAGAGUGGGACCGAGCUGGAUAAAACUGAUUCAAAUAUUAGUGACGCCGAUCAAGAAGAUGCUAAAGAAAAAGAAGAACCAGAAACUGCUGCUACAGAAGAGGAUGCUACAGAAAGCUCAGAAAAAGAGGAUGCCUCAAAAGAAGAAGUUGCAGAUGGCACACAAAAGGAGCCCACGAAAGAGGAUGUUCCAGAAGUGGAUGCUAGAAGUGAAGACGUUACUAAAGAUGAAGCUGUGGUCAAACAAGGUGUGGAUGAAAGCUUGGACAGUGACCUAUCCAUUGAGGACACAGAGUUUUUCACAGAAAAAUACCAGUCGGAUAAGAAGCCUUCAAGUCCAUUACCAUCUGCUGUCAAUGAAAUCCUGUUAACAGAGAAAGGAACAACAUUCUAUGUGCUGUCAGAGGCAGGUUUGGAGGUAAUCCCAGUGGACAGCCUGUUUCCAGCAGUAGGUCAGGAGGAGAUGCCCCCCUACAUCGUUAGUGUGGAUCUGUCCACUGAGUUUCUUCUCAGUGUUAAAGACAGAAUGAGGUUAAACUUCUUGAACCAUCUGGAAGAGUGGAAAGAAGAAGCGAUGGAGCGUGCUCACAGUGUUGUAGUGGCCAAGUGUGAAGAACUGAACAGUGAGUUAGACUUGAGGCUUCACCUGCACCAGCCGAGACCACGGAGGGCCGAGUUUGAUGUGCAUAACGUCAGGGCAGCUGAGCUGGUGAUGCACUCGGAGCGUGUUGUGCGACACUGUAAGGGAAUCAACCAGGCUCUCUUCGAGCUGAAGGACGAGUUCAAGAAGAUGAGUGACGAACACGACAAGCUCACCAAGAAGUUCAAGGAGGACAUUGAAGCCCUGGAGACGAUAUUCAUAAAUGCUACCAAAUCCUCCAGACUGGUUGCCCUGCAGAAUCAGCUGAGCCAGGAACUAAACAAAUUCAUGUCAGUGAUACGCAUUUCACUACGUCAGUUCCGACAACACCUCGACGACACUCUUCAGAUGCUCCGAGAAUCCAACGCUCGCUUCAUAAAAUCAUUCAAGGUGUUUUCAGAUGGUGGAAACUUCUGUCCUGUUGAAAUAGAAGAUUACAGAAAACGUCUUGAAAAAAUGUCUAACAAGAUAGAUGAGAAUGAGGGCUCCAUCAUGUCUGAUUUGGAAGGCAUGGAAUCUAAACGCCUUGAUCAGGCAACAAAGGUUGCUAUGGAGUUUGAAGACAGAUUCAAGAAUCACAUGUUUGACCUGAUCUUCAUGGAGAAGAUUGCGCGAUGGUUCACCAACACUCAGGUGAAGAUCAAAUCGGAGGUUGCCGAUAGCAACACACAGGCUCAGAAGCUGGCUCAGUAUCUGGUCGAUCUAGAAAGGCGCAUUGAUGCCUGUGAAAAACCCAACCUUGACAAAGAGCAAAUCACGUCUACACAGCUUAACGAGAGUCUAAAGUCACUGAUGGAAGCGUUCCAUGCUAGAAGUCUGUAUCUUAACUGUGGUGUCAAGACGAAGACCGUUCUGACAUCUGAUUCAAGCAACACACUGAACCCAGCAUCAGCACGUGUUGGUUUUGCUCAAGAGGUGCCUCCCAUGAAGUCAGGCAAAAUGAUGUCAGAGGAUCCAUCUGUGGGACUCAUCAAAAGUAUCAUCAAGACUAAUAAAAGCAAACAGCGGUUUGGACAGGACGGAGAUCUCGAUGGUGACACUCAGCCAUCAGUGACGCCGGGUUCCAGCAACCUGCCAGCGCUGUCGGCGAGCUCCAAUAAAAGUCCAAAGUCCGGCCGUAGAGGAACUCUCUCCGUGAUCUACUCGGAGACCCCGAGUAACAAGAGGAUCUCGUCUGGUCAUUUUCGAAACCGGAUUUUCAAGAUUGAUAAGAAGUUCUACGUGUUUGGCGAGAAGCCUGAGGAACAAGAGGACACCCAUCUGAUUGGAAUUGUUCGCAAAAUUCUACGAGAGGCCAACGACGGACUUCUGUCACAUGCUGAGUUGUACUACCGUCAGAAAGGUAACCGCUCAGUGACGAGGCCCCAGUCUCUGCCAGAAAACUUUGAUGGGUGUGCUGACGUUGCUGUCCAGAAACUGCUGUCGUACAUGAAACAAACCACCGACUACCAUAACCAGUGUCUGCAGGAGUUCCGUAACCAGCUGAUUGACCUGGAGAAGAUGAUCUCGCAUGUUCCGGCCCUGGUGAUCCACGAGAUCGUCUCGGAGGAGAUCGACAAUGCCAAUUCGGCUCAGAGUCAGCUGGAAAGUCUCUUCACACAGACACUGAGCGGGCUCAAAAUGAGACAGCAAGAACACAAGAACCUGUUGCGACCACCACUUGGUCAUCCACAUCAGCAGGAAGCUCUGAACAGGCUGUGUGAGAAAGAGGCAGUCCGGCACACAGACUUCCUGGAAGCAGUGGAACAAGAAAUGAAGAGUCGCCAGGAAUGUGCUGUCCGGAAUGCCAAAGAAUUUCUGGGUCGACUGGUUAACAUGUCAGAAAGUCAACUAUUGCUGUAUGAUAAUCUCCUGGUGGUUGAUGACAUUGACAAAGGAAAGGUUGAAGUAAAGCGGUUUUCCACAAGUGAACUUAUCAGAAGGCAGAAUGCUGGUGAGCCCUUGUUUGAAGAGGAGGACACUCACAUAAUAAAGAGAGGAAAGGGAAAUUGGAAAGGAAUUCCAAACAAUGAAUUUGUUGUCGAUCCAAAGCCCUCCAAGACUGUACUGACUCCAUCUGUGACAACAACAUCAACAACACUAGGACACAGAUCUACUAUCAAUGCUCGGGACUCUGCGUACAUGGAAUACAAGGCAAACUUUGAGCAGACGUUAGCCUCGAUAGUGAAGGAAAAGGAACGACUGGAGCUAGCAGAACAGAGAUGGACGGACAGUUGGAACAUUUCCGUGAAAAAAGUCAAAGAGUUAUACUGAAAACAGAUUCAUAACAUUGUUUACAUAACUGUGUAUUUAUAUUGAACCCAUAAGACAUAAGAAGUAUAAGACAUUUUUGUAUAUAAAAUAAGCAAUAAACACCUUUAUGUGUACAUUUAUGACUUACACUGAUAUCAUGUAAGCAAGACAAGCAAUUAUGUCUUGGUAAAACGUUUAUUUUCAGUGUUAUGUUUAUAUGCUUGUUAUGGUCAGUAAACAACCGUGUGCCUUCCUCAUUUUGUACUCUCCUCAUGUUGUGUACUGUCAUCUCCCCAGUGAUCUGUGAUAGUUUAAAAAUAUUUGUUUGUGCUUCCUUCUUCCUAUACAAAAUGUCAUUGUGAUAAUCUGCAGCUGAACUCUGUGUUUGUUUUAUUUGGUUUUUAAAUAUUGUCAAUGCCUAACUUUUAAUUUUUUAUGCAGCAUUUACUCAAGAAAAUGUAUACGACUACCUGGCAGUGUCAUCACUUAGCUCAGUUCACGAGAAUGUUCUUAUUUUAACAAUUCACCUAUAUUUUGCAUUCCGUUGAUUACCUGAAACCAGCUAACUCAGCAAUGAUACUUUGACAGGCCUGUAGGAAUCGUAUCUGAAGUGGAAUUGGCACGAGCCAGAUAUUUAUCUUUAUUUGUAUAGAGCUGGGAAAAAAAAAAAUUGUCUUCAAGUGGGGGAAUCUGUGGUCCCUAACACCCCCCUACCCCAUCCCCCAGUUCCUAUGUCCCUGCUUGAACCAACUUACUUUUUAGAACACCCGACAAAGCACUUGUAUUAAGAAUCAGCCUACUCCAUGGUUUUACUUACUAUCAGUUUUACAAAAGUAUGAACUUACUUUACACCAAUUGGUUGAUUUACUGAUAUUACUGAAAAUUGGUGGCUUCUUUCAGAGUUGCAAACUGACAGAAUUGCCCUACUGAAUUCAUUUUACAGCAAUGAACACUUGGCCACGCAUAUUCUGUAUUCAUCUUGCCCUAGAAUAUUGCAAAUUGUGAAUUAUUUAAUAGUGACCUUAUUAUAUUUUUCUGUUGCCAUUGGGACUUCUCUAACCAUCAUGGCCAUUAUACAAUAUAUACAGAAAUUGUUGCCAGUAAAUUUUUCAUUACACCUAACUUUUCAACUUGUUUUCUGUUUUAAAUUUUAUUUUUCUUAAUUACUUUACCAUUUAUUUGUAAAUUACUUUUAUUUCUGGUUUUGCUUGCAAAUAUAUAUGUAUUUCAUUCAACAAGUCGAGGAGAUUGCACAACAGGCAAAACUUCUAGAGUUUGUGCUCUUGUAAGUUGAAGUUUUUAUCUAUACAACAACAAGAAUAUUUAUGAACUGUCCACAUAAAGUAUUUUUAUUUGUUUAACUUAUUAAACUUAUACUUUGUACAUUCCAUUCAUGUAGUUAUAAAUAUACUAUUGAGAGUGAAGUGUGUUCUUAAAUUGUAUAUAAAUUGUAAUCCAUGUAUAAUUAACUUGAUUUUAAAUUACAAGUGUGUG